UUUUUGUUCAGUUGGUUCAAGCCCGAUUAUCCCUGUUCUGAAUUGUUUUCCUUGUUUUCAUUUAGUCUUUGAAGUACCAGUUACUGCAACAUAGCAAAGAAUGACAUAAGGGCCUUCCCAUCAUGCUUUGCAGUCAGUAGACAGCAAUCCAACACUUGGCAGUGAGAUCUGCAACCUCACUGGCUUUGCACAUGGAGAUGCAUGUGUGCCUCCCUAAUUGUAUUUACUGUGACUAAAGUUAAUGAACCUGACUAUUCCAUUAGCAAACUGCAUUAACUGAUGUGUUUGUUUACCCAUGAACAGUUUUCAGAUAACAAUCCAAAUGCCAGGUUGUGAAUUGUUUUAAAAUCCCAAAAUGAGAAGUAGAAAGCAUGCUGUCAAGUAAAAGUGUAAGUUAUUGUUGGCUUUUGCUGUGUCUCAUACGCUGUUUUCUUUCAGAUGAAGAGUGUCUUGAACUCGCCUGGCUUUGGAAUCACAGGAAGUUCAGGUCUCUUCCAGUGUACCAACAAGCUCUUUCUGAGUGAUGGAGCCACGGGACUCCAGAUCAAAGAGUUUGCACGUAAAAAUGCAGCCAAUGCUCUGUCCGUUGGUAACAUGGUCAUGGGCAUGGCCUCCAUUCUCAGCAGUCUAAAUGGGCACCAUCAUGCUGCAUGUUGGCUGGUUCUGAUUGGCUACCUUCUGGAUUUGGCAGAUGGAGCAGUUGCCAGGCGACUCGGUGCCUGCUCUGCACUGGGUGCGAAGCUUGAUGAUUUUGCUGACUUUACAACCUUUGGGAUUGCCACCGCAUUGCUCCUAAGGACAACUGACCUGCUGGACAACAUCCUAUGCAUGUGUUACGUCCUGUCGGUGUUUGUCCGUCUGUGUUUCUUUUCAAGCGGGAUCCCAUUUGUGUAUCGUGGACUGCCCUGCAUCUACUCCUCAGCCAUCCUGGCCAGUGCCUCUAUGCUGUCAGGGAGGAACCUGGCGAUGCUGCGGGUCAUUGCAGUGGCCAUGAUCCUCUUUAUGAUCAGCCAGAACUUCUACCCCCACGACAGAGUACUGGAGUCCCAGGCCUGGAAAAAAGCAGUCUUUGCUGGAGGAGUUGUCAUGGUGUUCUGCUCAUCAUUCCCCCCUGCAUGUGUGUACUAUCUGCUGUGGUCAGUCUCCUUCAUUUUGUUCCCAUAUUCCCUUUGGAGCAGUAAGGGUUGAGAAGUGCAUUUUAAUGUUUCUAAAGUUAGGAUGAGCCUUCAUGCUGUCUUUUGUCUGUGCUGCAUUUUCAGAUGUCAGAUGUAUUUUUCCACAAAUGUUCAUCAAGUUCAGCUCCUAUGUAAUCUCUCACUUCAAAAUUAACCAGUCUUUUGUCAAUGUUGUGAACACGCAGAAGUAAUGCACAUCAUUUUCAUAUCAAAAUUAAUUAUUUCAAACUAAAUAAUUACACGUUAAUAGAUGUUUGCUUCUAAUUUGGUUGAAUAAAAAAUUGAAUUGUCCAUUCA